CUGAAAAAGCAUCACUGCAAACCUGUCCAUGAGAUGCUGAUAGGUGGUAUGGGUUCCAGAGUUUUUUUUGUAUAGGCUGACGCUGUCUGCUGUCAUUGUUGAUAAGGAUUAAGGCGGCGCGGUUAUGACCGAGCUGUGAUUAUUUAUCUGUUUAAAUUUUCCCAAAAGAAGAGAAUUUGUAAUGGAUUUGUACAAUGGACAGAGCUAAGGUAUUGGAAGACAACUUGCGUAAAGCUGCAUGCGAAGGCGACUUUGAUUUAGUUUUCGAACUCUUUUCAAAAAAUACAUGUGUUAAUACAAGGCAUGUGAUAAACGGUUGGACUCCACUUCACUGGGCGGCUAAAAGGGGGCGGACGGAAAUAGUGAAGCUGCUCCUGGAGAAUGGAGCCGAUCCGACGAUAACGACAGAAAAAGGGGAAACGGCAGCCGCCCUCGCGACCAAUCCCGAUAUCAGGCAACUCCUCGGAGACAUGAACGGCACAAACGGUGACUCCAACAACAUCCCCAUCACUCCCAACUACAUCAAAAAUCCACCUUUAAACUCAAAAGAAGAAUUCAACCAUUGGACCAAUGGUUCUAUUCAUCGCAGGCCAAUACCGCCGACACAGGAUUCUGACGAAUUGGUGUUGAAGGUGAGGGUUGCAAACGGAGGCGACCCUGAUUUCAUUGAAGUGGAAAUACUGAAAGCCGAGCUGAACUAUUAUUCUCUCCUGAGAACUUGUUGUGAAGAGCUUGGCAUUAAUGCGUCCCAAGUGGUCCGCAUUCGAAAACUACCCAAUACGAUGUUGAGGAAAGACAAAGAUGUUCAAAGGCUGAACCAGAUGCAGGAGAUAGAAGUGGUUGUCACCCCAGCUAGCAUCACUCACCAGCCUAACGGCUACAAGUCAAUACAACUAUAUAAGAACCAAACGAUUCUCUAUUGAUAAUUGUUUGUCACAAAAUACAAUACUUAUUCUAAAGCUUC